AAGCGUAUUCAAUUAGUUAACUUGUUAACCAACAUGUUGUGGCAUAAAGUGUUUUUCUGCGCUGUUCUCAGUUUGUUGUUUGGUCAAUUGCCUCAAGUCAGCAGUAAGGACGUGAAUUCAGGCUGCAAAACUAACUUCACUCGUGUAGGAGACAAGUGUUUGAUAAGUUCUAUUCAAACGACAAAUUGGUACGAAGCUGAUCGUAAUUGUCGAUCUUUGGGAGCCGAAUUACUCAGUGUGCAGACUCCAACUCAGCUGGAGGAGAUUAACCAAUGGCUGAGCAACUUAGGACAAUCGUAUAUGCAUAACUUCUGGACAUCGGGCAACAGUUUAGGUGGCAAGAACGGCACUUACUUUUGGCAAAGCACUGGCAAAGAGGCGACUUAUUUGCCUUGGGCUGGUGGACAACCGCAGCCAACUAUUACCAAUUGUCUUAUGCUCGUCUCGUCCGAUAUUUUUAUGGCAUAUUACCGUCUUUGGGUUUUCAGUUGUGAAGCUUCCAUUGCUUACAUCUGCGAACAUCAACCACAAAAUUCUACAAUUUCUACGACUACAAGAAUCUGUCUUAAUCCAGCAAGUUUUGAAGUUGUUCAGGUUAUUAACUAAUCAGAAUUAAAAUGUUCUUUCCAUAUUAAUAAAAAACUGUUAUUUUGUGA